CGGUUAGUGUCAACCAAGACGGACUAGUAUCCAUUGACGGACGGCCGUUCGAACACGCGCACAGUUGUGUUUGAACUGGAAAUUGACCGUUUGUGGUACGAGAAAAAAAAUUAAUAAUCUUCGUGUUAGGAUUGCAUUGAGAAGAUAAAAAACGUCUUCAAUGCCGAUCGCCGUAAUUAAUGAAAAUAUUAUCGUCUAGUGCACAUUGACAGAACUACACCAUGUACGCCGUUUCGACUGACUUUGAAGAAUAUUUCAUUAAGGAACAAGAAAAAUACCCGCAACUCGAGUUGGAAGAUGUUCAAAAGUUAAGAGAAUGUUUGGCCAAAGAAAAAAAACUGCCACUUAUUUCGGAUAAAAAGAUUGUCGCGUUCCUUCACAGUAGUUACUUCGAUUUGGAAUUGGCCAAAACGACCAUUGUGAAAACUUACAAAAAUUACUACGAUGUGCCAGAAAUAUUUUGCCAUUUGGAUCCGACCACACCUGAUAUGAUCAAGAACAAUGACUGCGUGAGUUUAGGAGAUUUGACAUACGACAAAACCGGCAGUGAUGUACGGUAUUUGUACAUGCAGUUCAAAGACAACGAUCCAGAGAAUUAUGAGUUCUUUCCGUCCGUCAAAAUAGUUGUUAUGUGGAUGGAAUAUGUACUGUUGUGCUAUGGGACUUUCGAUGAUCUAAUUGUGGUGAUCAACUGCGACGGGUUGCAAUGGCGUCACGUUGUUAAAAUUCCUUUGGGCAUACUCACUAAAUUGAUAAAAUUCAUUCAAGGAGGAUUGCCGCUUCGUUUAAAAGCUGUUCACUUUGUAAACACCGGAAGCGCUAUGAAAAAGUUGAUAAAAAUGGUAUCGCCGUUCAUCGAUAAACCUCUAAUGAACAAGCUGAAAUUCCAUUCGGUCGGUUCGCAAAACAUAUUCAACUACGUACCAAAAGAGUUAUUACCUGAGGAAAUCGGCGGAUCAGGAAAAUGUCAUACAUUCUACAGUGAUGAAAUAUACAAAAACAUAGUCUUGUGCCGUGAUUAUUUUAUCGACCACAGUGAAACGUUACAGAAACAAAUGGAAAUCAACAAGCAAAAGUCAAAGAAAAAAAGCUCAAAAAUAGUUUAAUACACGUUCUGUGAUUCUAAGAAUAUACGUUAAUAAAAAUAUUUAAAUAAUUGAAUAAAGUCGGUAUAUUAUUUUAAAAACGCCAAUGUAUCAGUUUAAUUGUGAAAUUGUAAAGAUCUCAAUGUUAUAUUGUAAUUGAUAUUCUAAAAAUAUUAUACAUAUUGCGAUCGUUAACGAUGAAUCUUAA